AUGAUGUUAUUCCUUCCUUCGCGGUUGUCUAUCUCCCUUCACUACCCUCAGUCCCUCUCUUCCUCCACCACCCUUCUCCGACUUAACAUAACCACCGCCGCUUUCAGCAACAAUAGCAGGAGAAGGUCAUCCUCUACAAUAGCUAUGUCUUCUUCCUCACCUUCUCCCUCUUCUCCUUCUUCUCUUUCUGUUAUUCAUUCAAAAGAAGACUCGAACCAGCAGCAGCAGCAGCAGCAGAAGCAAGUCUUAUUAAACCAGGUCCUGAAAUAUCACAACCAAACCAAGCAUGCGUUCAACAAUUAUGCCAGAGGUCCUCACGGCCUCGACUGGGCCAACCAACCCAACCCCUUCCGCCGCUACAUCUCCUCUCCCCUUCUCCCUCUCCAACACCUCCCUCUACAACGAGAUUCCACCGAUGAUCCCCUCUACUCUUCUCUCUUCCUCUCUCUGCCCUCCCCUAAACCCAUCUCCCUAUCGACCCUUUCUCAGUUCUUCUACGACUCCCUCGCUCUCUCCGCUUGGAAGACCACCGGUUACUCUACUUGGUCCCUCCGUGUAAACCCUAGCAGCGGUAAUCUCCACCCCACCGAGUCCUACGUCAUAGCUCCCCCCAUCGACUCUCUUUCCGACUCUCCUUUUGUCGCGCAUUAUGCCCCGAAGGAGCAUUCGCUCGAGCUUCGUACUACAAUCCCAUCUGAUUUCUUACCCAAAUUCUUCCCUGAAGGUUCGUUCUUGGUGGGCUUCUCCUCAAUUUUCUGGCGAGAGGCCUGGAAGUAUGGGGAGCGCGCGUUUCGGUACUGUAACCAUGACGUGGGUCACGCUAUUGCUGCUGCUGCCAUGGCCGCUGCCGGGCUUGGGUGGGAUGUCAAGCUUCUUGAUGGAUUGAGUUAUUCUGAUUUGGAGAAGCUUAUGGGGCUGGACCAUUUCCCCAGUUUUGAGAUUCCAUCUCGUCCUGUGAAGGGGAGAUUGCCCGAGAUUGAAUUCGAACACCCAGAUUGCGUUCUCGUUGUCUUCCCCAGUGGGAAAAAUGCUGAGUUUUCUGUGGACUACGAAGGUUUGAGUUCUGCCAUAUCAAAAUUCUCGGAAUUGGAUUGGAAGGGGAAGACUAAUGCUCUUAGUAAAGAGCAUAUCGUUUGGGAUAUUAUCUAUCGAACUGCGGAAGUUGUGAAGAAGCCUCUCACGCCUGGGGAUCGGUUCUCUAUUGAUCAGUUUCAAGGAAGUGCUUUGUAUUCGGAAGGCUCGUAUAAAGAUUUGACAAUGAGGGAAGUCGUUCGGAAGAGGAGGAGUGCAGUUGACAUGGAUGGAGUCCACGUGAUGGAGAGAGAAACUUUCUAUCAGAUUCUUCUGCAUUGUCUGCCCUCAGGUGCACAAGGGGGAGAGAAGCAGGGGAAACCGUUGUCUUUACCAUUUCGAGUGCUUCCUUGGGAUUCAGAGGUGCACGCUGUUCUCUUUGUCCACAGGGUAGCGAGGCUGCCAAAAGGAUUGUAUUUCUUUGUGAGAAAUGAGAAUCAUUUUAAUGACCUUAAGCGUGCUAUGAGGUCUGAGUUCGAGUGGGAGAAGCCAGAGGGUUGCCCUGACGAUCUUCCUCUGUAUAGACUUGCUAGCGGUGAUUUCAAAUUGCUAGCUAAGCGUCUUUCAUGCCAUCAGGAUAUCGCUGGUGAUGGCUGUUUCAGCCUAGGUAUGGUAGCUCGUUUUGAACCAACUCUGAAUGAGAAGAAUGCGUGGAUGUAUCCUCGGUUAUUCUGGGAGACUGGAAUUCUCGGUCACAUCUUGUACCUUGAGCCUCAUGCUGUUGGUAUAUCUGCCACCGGAAUUGGUUGUUACUUCGAUGAUGCUGUGCAUGAGGUUCUUGGAUUACGUAGAUCUGAGUUCCAGAGUCUAUAUCAUUUUACUGUUGGAGGACCGGUUAUAGACAAGCGGAUAAUGAGUCUACCAGCAUAUCCAGGCCCUGGUAUUGAUGCAUGAUUGCCCAUCAUAUUUAUGGAUGCGCCCAUUCGCCCAAUGGUGAUACAGAAAGUAUCCAGGUUCCAUAGCUAAGUAGAAGAUACGAUAGACAUACUGCAUCAAGGAUGAUAUAUAUCUGUGCAAAGAUCACUGGGUCAGAAUAGUUUGUUUUCUGUUGCAUAGUAAGUAUCACUCAGAUAUAGUCACCAGAAUUUCAUAUGGAAUGGCCUUUUGCCAGUAACUGACUCCGGCUGCAGAUCUCAUUCUUCUCUCUCUACUAUCACAACCCUUGCUGAAAGACCACUGACCACUUUGUUGAAUGCCAUAUAAUACCAAUGUUUGUACAGGUUGAUAAA